GCGAGGGCAGCGAGCACUGCUUUACCCAGCUGGCCUCCAGUCCCAAAGGAGCCCUGUGAAAGUCCCGGACAAUGCACCAGGCUUCUCAAGCUGUGAAUGGCUCAUUGGAGCAGGAGCCCCAGAAGCAGCUCCCAGAGGUGCUAGGUGGGGCCUGGGAGCCACCUCCUGAGGAUGGGCUGCCGCUGCUCACUAUUAUCAUUGCUGCCUUUGUCCUGCUGGCAGUUUGUAUCGUGUUGGCAGUCCACAUUGGGCCAAAGCUGUAUCAAGGCCAUGCCACUCUUCCUACAGAGCCACCAGCCUCAAAGCCAAAGGAUGGCAUAUACCUCAUCCACUGGAGGCCUCUGGGCUUCCAGGACACUCAUAAAGACGUCCAGCAGGGAGCUCCUGUCCCUGCCUCUGACCUUGCACCAGAUGGACCCAGGCGCAGCAUCGGGGAAGACACAUAUCUGUAGACAUGGAGAUUUUGAAAGAACUUUCC